AAUAGUUCUUCUGGAGACUAACCCCCCUGAGAGACAAAAAUGACCUCAAUUAUCAAGCUGACCACGCUCUGCGGCGUGCAGGAGGAGUCUGCCCUCUGCUAUCUACUGCAAGUGGAUGAAUUUCGCUUUCUGUUGGACUGUGGCUGGGAUGAGAACUUUUCCAUGGAUGUUAUUGAUUCACUCAGAAAACAUGUUCACCAGGUCGAUGCUGUUCUUCUUUCUCAUCCUGACCCCUUACAUCUUGGGGCACUUCCAUAUGCAGUUGGAAAAAUGGGCUUAAACUGUGCCAUUUAUGCAACUAUUCCUGUAUAUAAAAUGGGACAGAUGUUUAUGUAUGAUCUCUAUCAGUCCCGCCAUAACACAGAAGACUUCACUCUCUUCACGUUGGAUGAUGUUGAUGCAGCCUUUGACAAAAUACAACAGCUGAAGUUUUCUCAGAUUGUCAACUUGAAAGGCAAAGGCCAUGGUCUGUCAAUCACACCGUUGCCAGCUGGUCACAUGAUAGGAGGCACAAUCUGGAAGAUUGUCAAAGAUGGAGAGGAAGAAAUUGUUUAUGCAGUCGAUUUCAACCACAAGAGGGAGAUUCACCUGAAUGGAUGUUCCUUGGAAAUGCUGAGCAGACCUUCGUUGCUUAUUACAGAUUCAUUUAAUGCCACUUACGUCCAGCCUAGGAGGAAGCAGAGAGAUGAACAGCUACUGACUAAUGUUUUGGAGACCCUACGAGGUGAUGGAAAUGUAUUGAUAGCUGUGGACACAGCAGGCAGAGUUCUGGAACUUGCUCAGCUUCUUGAUCAGAUAUGGAGAACAAAAGACGCAGGAUUAGGAGUCUACUCCCUAGCACUUUUGAAUAAUGUCAGCUACAAUGUAGUGGAAUUCUCUAAAUCACAGGUUGAAUGGAUGAGUGACAAACUGAUGAGGUGCUUUGAAGACAAGAGAAACAAUCCGUUUCAGUUCCGUCACCUCUCCUUAUGUCACAGCCUGUCUGAUUUGGCUCGAGUGCCUAGUCCAAAAGUUGUUCUUGCUAGUCAGCCUGAUUUAGAAUGUGGCUUUUCUAGAGAUCUCUUCAUUCAGUGGUGCCAGGAUUCUAAAAACUCUAUUAUUUUAACUUACCGCACUACACCUGGAACGUUAGCACGGUUUCUGAUUGAUAAUCCUUCUGAAAAAGUUAUAGAUAUUGAGUUGAGAAAACGUGUCAAAUUGGAGGGAAAAGAACUUGAAGAAUACCUAGAAAAGGAGAAACUAAAGAAAGAAGCAGCUAAGAAGUUGGAACAAUCCAAAGAGGCAGAUAUAGAUUCCAGCGAUGAGAGUGACGCUGAAGAGGAUGUUGAUCAGCCAACUGUGCAUAAGACCAAACAUGAUUUAAUGAUGAAAGGGGAAGGUAAUCGGAAAGGAAGUUUCUUCAAACAGGCGAAGAAAUCUUAUCCCAUGUUUCCAGCUCCUGAGGAAAGAAUUAAAUGGGAUGAAUAUGGAGAGAUUAUCAAACCGGAGGAUUUUCUGGUUCCAGAACUUCAAGCAACAGAAGAAGAAAAAAGCAAAUUAGAGUCUGGUUUGACAAAUGGAGAAGAACCCGUGGACCAGGAUUUAUCAGAUGUUCCUACCAAAUGUAUUUCAGCAACAGAGUCCAUGGAAAUCAAAGCUAGAGUUACCUAUAUCGACUAUGAAGGGCGUUCAGAUGGUGACUCAAUUAAAAAAAUUAUUAACCAAAUGAAGCCGAGACAGCUGAUCAUUGUCCAUGGGCCUCCUGAAGCCAGUCUGGACCUUGCAGAGUGUUGCAGAGCUUUUGGUGGAAAAGAUAUUAAAGUUUACAUGCCCAAACUGCACGAAACUGUAGAUGCAACUAGUGAAACUCAUAUCUACCAGGUCAGGUUAAAAGAUUCCCUGGUCAGCUCCCUUCAGUUCUGCAAAGCCAAAGAUGCCGAGCUGGCUUGGAUAGAUGGUGUCUUGGACAUGCGAGUUUCCAAAGUGGACACUGGAGUUAUUUUGGAAGAGGGAGAGCUGAGGGAGGAUGAAGACUUAGAGAUGCAGGUGGAUGUGCCUUCUGCAGACUCCAGUGUCAUUGCACAGCAGAAGGCCAUGAAAAGCCUGUUUGGAGAUGAUGAUAAGGAAAUGUGUGAGGAGAGUGAGAUCAUUCCUACUUUGGAACCUCUGCCACCUCAUGAGGUUCCUGGUCAUCAGUCUGUGUUUAUGAACGAGCCAAGGCUGUCUGACUUCAAGCAAGUUCUUCUGCGGGAAGGUAUUCAGGCUGAGUUUGUAGGAGGGGUGCUCGUGUGCAACAACCUGGUGGCCGUUCGCAGGACUGAAACAGGACGCAUUGGAUUGGAAGGCUGCCUCUGUCAGGACUUCUAUAGGAUAAGAGACCUUUUAUAUGAGCAAUAUGCUAUUGUCUAAAGGAAGUGCUGCGAAGUUAUCUUGACUUGAACUUUAAAAGAUAAUGGGAAUUUCUGUCUUCCCAGUUCUGACUUUUCAUAGUUUUUUAAUUUAUACAGAGGAAAAAUAAUUCAUAACGGACAGGUAACUACCCUGAACAUGUAAAUACCUGUUGCUCUGCACAAAUCUGAAGGUACAUUCCAUGUUGCUGAUUUUCAGUUAUGCUGUGUCUCCUGCAUAAUACAUUAUACCUGAGUUUUCUGCCUUUAUCAAAUGUCCUUCAAGAAAGGUUCAAUUAGGAGAUAUUUUGGCUUGAUAGAUUCAAUACUAAAACACAUUAUAAAAAUUAGAUUGGGAAAUGUGGACAGGUUGGGGUAGAUUUUUUUUUUUUGCUUAGGGAGAGUCCCCUCUUUCAAACAGUAGAACUUAGAUCAAGUAAGUUUUCAAUAGGUUACUAGAAGCUAGACUACCUAAACUUUCUUAGUAUUAACCUGUGUGCAUAUUAAUUUUGCAGCUGCCUCAUCUUACUUAUUUAUUCCACAACAGCAUUUCUUAUGCUGUAUGAAAUACUAGUCUUAGAUUGAGGAUGACUUUGAAAAAGUACUCUCAUAAAGAGAGAAAACUAGAUAAAAUUGUCAUGCAGUUUAAAAUCUAGGAAAUGUGUGCUUUGGAGUAACUCUAAAAGCUUACAGAACUUGUCUGCAACAGCUAAAAGUUACCUAUGGUAAAUCUGUGAUCUGAUUUAAUGAUUGCAACACCUUCAUCUAUGUAUUGCUGUCCGUGUUGAGUGUGCAGUGAGCUGAGUUCAGGGAUAUUGUUCAUCUUGAAAUCUGACUUUAUGUGAUAUAUUUAAUACUUUUUAUGCCAGGUUUCAUGUUAGCUGCAUGUUUCGACAGUGGGAUUUAAUGUAGCUGCUGAUGCUGGGGACUGACUCAUCUUUAAGUGAAGAUGAGCACAAUUUUGGGUUGGCUAGAUUUCUCAGAAAGCUGAGGGAAUAAUUUUGAUGGAACUUCUGCAUCCUAAUGGCAUCUGGAAAGUCUGUUUAAUCCUUUCUCUGCAUCUGCACGUGAACCACAUGCUUGGAGCGUGCGGAGGGUGUUUUUGUUUGUUUUUACAUAGACCACAUAUUACAUUGCUGUUGUAUAUGUGUAUGUUCAAAAUAAAAUCUCUUGACAAGUGGCAAAAUAUAGCCCUAUGGGCUAUCAAUGGAAAGAUACCUUAUCUUGCAACUCGUUUUUGACUAAUACUACUUUUUAUCUGGUCUACAGGCUAUUUAUUCUGUUUAGGGUAGUAACUUAAAAUUGGAGUCCACAUUUCUUUUUUGUGUCUUUUUUUUGUUGUUGUUUUUAAUAUCUUGGAACUAGAUAUUAAAGAGAACACUUCUAAAUGUGAUGUUGAAUGAGAAUAUAUAUUUUCCUGAAAAACAAAAUGUUGGCUAGGGUUAGCUAAACAGUUUAACAUUUCUGUCCACAGCUUAAAGGU